UUCUCCCUUUCCUUCCCUCUGCGAGGGAGAGUACCCAUCAAUUCACGUUAUUUGAUAUUGAGCUUGUUUAACACGAACCAGCCAUUUGUUUGCCUCCGUGGCUCCUCUAUAACUCCUCAAAACCAAGGAAGCCGAGUCCUCCAAAGACUUUUCCAUCAAAUAAAUAGAAAGUUGGGGAAGAAUAGGUACUGUUUCCUUGGAUCUUGGAAGAGAAAAGAGGCCCUCGCCAUGGAUAUAUUCUCCAGGGACUUGACACCAACACCACUCAAAGCCUAGAAGGACAUAUGUCUGGGGGAGAGCAAUGGGCUAUGCGACGAGCAUUGGGAAAUACCACCUUGGCCGGACUAUUGGGGAGGGCACCUUCGCCAAGGUCAAGCUGGCUGUGAACACCGAGACGAAUAAGAACGUCGCCGUUAAGAUCAUCGACAAGAAGAUGGUGUUGAAGAACAAGCUAAUGUAUCAGGUCAAAAGAGAAAUCAGCACAAUGAAGCUUCUGCAUCACCCUAACAUAGUUAAGAUAUACGAGGUAAUUGCGACUAAGACAAAGAUUUAUCUUGUAAUGGAAUAUGUCUCUGGAGGACAACUUUCUGAUAAGUUGUCUUAUCUUAAGAGGAUGGAUGAGAGAGAGGCAAGGAAAUACUUUCAGCAGCUAAUCGAUGCUGUGGAUUACUGCCAUGGCAAAGGAAUUUACCAUAGAGAUCUGAAGCCAGAGAACCUGCUUUUAGAUAACAAGGGCAAUCUAAAGGUAUCCGAUUUUGGGCUCUGUGUAUUGAGAAAGCCUGGAGACUUGUUAUCGACCGCCUGUGGAUCUCCGAGUUACGUCGCUCCUGAGGUGAUAGUCCACAAGCAUUAUGAGGGAGCAGGUGUUGAUAUAUGGUCUUGUGGAGUGAUUCUGUUUGAAUUACUUGCGGGCUACCUGCCUUUCGAAGAUCGCAGCCUGAUGAACAUGUAUAGAAAGAUAUCUAGGGCAGAUUAUAGAUGCCCCAAUUGGUUCACCGCCUCCCAAAGAAAGCUAAUUUCCAGGAUGCUGGAUCCAUUGCCAACCAAGCGGGCCACGAUAGCAGAGAUUCUCGAAAAUGAGUGGUUUCGGGUGGAUUAUGAGCCAUCAGCAGGAAACGAAAAUGAUGAGAACCUGAAUUCAGAUGAUAUCAGUAAUACAAUUGACAACAGAAAUGAGAGAACCAAUCAGACAAUGAAAGGAAAACCACAUAGGUUCAUCAAUGCUUUCCAACUCAUAGCAAUGUCCAGCGACCUCGAUUUGUCUGGUCUUUUCCAUGAGCAGAAAACAAAGCUUGGCUCUGAGCAUUCAAUAGAUGAAACACUAGAAAAAAUUGAGGCUGCUGCAAAGGAUGUAAGCCUAUAUGUAGAAAGGAUGAGCAAUUCUAAGGUGAAACUUCACUGUGACAAAAGGUUAACAAGAAGUUGGUCCCACUUUACUUUAUCAGCAGAGGUGUUUGAGGUGACACCAAUUCAUUGCGUUGUAGAAAUAUCGAAAACUGCAGGAGAUCUAAGAGCAUAUAAAGAGUUCUGCAAAAGCUUAUUGAGCUUGCUCAGGCAGAGCUCUGCUGGUAGUUCAUCAGAAUUGCAGGCAUCCGAGACUGAUGAUGAAAGCGUGGGAAGGAGUUGAUUGUAUGCAGUUCCUAUCAAUGAAACAACAAUUGGAAUGGAGCAAGCAGUUUUCUCGAUCGAGGCCUGAUUCCUACUGACCAAGUUCCAUGUAAAGCUGACUAAAAACUUAACGCCUGUAUGAUGACAGCAAUAUAGCAAGCACAACAACAGGGCCAUGAUUACAGGCAUCUUUUUUUCUUUCUGUUGUAAUGGAUGACACUUCUUUUCUCUAAGGCGAAGAGUCUUACACUCGACCCAGUGGGCAAACAUGCCGGGAUCCGGCUCCACACACCUGCUCCUGCUGACAUAUUUUGAAGCACUUUCACGUGUGAACCGAAGUCGUCUUGCAUCACUUGCUCCUUUCUUAUUUCAAUGCUUGCCUUUUUCAUCUUCUAUAAACUUCGUACAAAGCAUCUCAGAGGAAGAUGAUCAAUGCUCACGGAAAAAGAUCAGAGAUUUUGUCCAUGUCUUACUGAUUAAAAGACAGACCUCUGUAACCGUGACAGAUGCUUGUGGGGAUAAUAAGAUUGGGGCCUGAUCACUCUUAGAGAGGUUAUUUUCCCCACCUUCAUCAGUA